AUGGACCCCAGUCAGCACAGAAUGCUGGCAACAAGUAACAAACGGAUUGGAGCAGGUUCAAAAAACAACGCUGGGGCUGCGAUGCCUAAACUCAAGGACUCUUGCGAUACAUGUGCUGCUUCCAAAAUCCGCUGCGAUAAGCAGAAACCCCUGUGUGGACGCUGCGAGAGACUUGGAUAUCCGUGCUUUUACAGCCCUGCACGAAGAACAGGCUAUGCCCGCUCGCGAGGAGUCAACCAGAACGAGGCAGCAGCCUCACGGGGUCCGAGCCAUGCCCCUCAUAUUAACUCAAGUGGCGUGAGCGGAGAGUGGAUGUCGAUCGCCGCGCAGCAAAAGUCAAAAUCGAGUACAGCGAACCCCCCUGUUCCUGAUGGCAAGUCCAAGUCGCCAACUUCGAUCCAAGACCAUGCCCUUGACGGUCCUAGGAAUAACGAUUCUGACUCACAGAAUGGCAUCACCACGUCGAGGCCGCAAGGAUCGACAAUUACUGGUGAGUAUUUCGCCAACCGGACGGUUGCCGAAGGCUUAGCACAGGGAUCCGAUUGCGCCAUCGCCUCUGUAAAUACAGUAAUACAGCUACAACUCGCAAUGGCGAAACUCCAGCUCCAGCAGGAACAUGCAAGAUCCAGACAUCGGAACGAAGGGUGUGCGCCUCCACUUCAGAUUGGACAAAAUUUUGGAUUGCGUGAUGCUAUGACUACAGUCACCAACGCCUUUGGCAUCUUGUCAACCAUACUGGUGUGCCCAUGCUUCGGCAGUCCAGAAAUCGGACUACUUACCACGGCCGUAUUCCUUUCAAUCUUCGACGUCUAUAGGACCAUACUAGUGAUAUCGGAAUCCGAUGUUUCCGACUCGGUCCAAUCGACGCCGGACUCCGAUGCGGAUUUGGCCUGUAUCCUAGCCUCUGUCGAGGACGAGUUCGGCCAUGGUCACAUGUCGCCCUUUGAGAGCAGCUACAAUAGCAGUAUCAACAGUGUGAACUCGUCGUCAAGUUUGAGCGAUGCAGGUACCGAAUCGCUCGUAGCGGACCGAGUUCCAGAGGAGCUCGCAAAAGUCGCGAGGAUUAUUUUACAAUUUGCUAAGCGGUACAGAGGCGGUGGUUCAGGACGACAAGCACCCGAAUUCCUCAAAAAUCUUGAUCACUUGCUGAGAUCUCAACUGCAGUCUGUCACGAUGGAAGCGACCACGAGGCGUGUCUGA